GGAUAAAAUGGCUUUUGAAAAUGGAAUUAUUCGCGCAGAUCCAAUGUCACACAGACCUGUUGAGCUUUGGAAGAAAUAUUUGAGACAGGGACGUACUUGUGAGCCUGCAAAAGUACUUCGAUUGGAUACGCCUAUCCACCCAGACAAGGUUUAUUACACCCACGAAAAGAUGGACGAAGUUUUAGAUUUAAUUCCGGAUGGGGACGUUCUCAUUCAUGCCGGUGAUUUUACUGAAGCUGGGGAUGUUAGCGCUGUAAUUAAAUUUAAUCAACAAAUUGGCAAAUUACCCCAUAAAGUAAAAAUUGUUAUUGCUGGAAAUCACGAAUUGGGAUUUGAAGAUGGGGAGGAAAUGAGCGAUAGACAGUUAGCGGGACUUUCAAUGUUGGGUAUUGGAAAGGCUUAUGAAUUACUUACAAAUUGUAUUUACCUUUGCGAUCGACUGAUCGAGGUUUAUGGCAUCAAAAUCUACGGUGCUCCUUGGCAUCCAAUGCCUGGUUAUUCAUUUUACAGGCAAAGGGGCCAGGCAUUAUUACAAAAAUGGAAUCAAAUUCCCAACAAGACAGAUGUUUUAAUUACUCACACACCGCCGUUGGGUCACGGUGAUUUUAAUGCUUGGACAAAACUUGGUGGGAUGUUGGCUGGAUGUGCCGAGUUGUUAAAUACAGUAGAAUACCGCGUUAAGCCAAAGUAUCAUGUUUUUGGGCACAUUCAUCAACAACACGGUUGCACGACAAAUGGAGUUACAACAUUUAUCAAUGCAUCAACGUGUGAUCAUAAGUUACGGACAGAAUACGAUCCAAUAAUUUUCGACAUGCCUCUUCCUUAUGGGCGUUCUAAAGACGAAGUGAUUGUUCUCUAA